AUGCUCUCCUUUGCGUUAUCUCUCUUUGCCUUUAAUUCUCCUUGCUCUCCCUUUCGCUCUUCUCAAUUUCCUUCUUCAUUCUCCUUGCUUUUAAUUUAUUUCCUUUUCCUUUUCUCUGUUCUUCAUUCCUUUUCCUCCUUGCUUAUCCUUAUGCUCUUUUACUUGCUCUUUCUCCCUUCCUUUUCCAUAAUCUCCCAUAACUUUCUCUACUUUUUUCUCUUAUUUCCUUUCAAAAUUUUGCUUUUUAUGCCCCCCUCUUUUUAUUGGUCUCUCCCCCUUGCUCAUCUUUAUUCCACAUCUUUCCUCUCUUUUUUUCGUACUCUUCAUUCUUUCCUUUCCUUUUAUUCGCUUUGCUCAGCUAUCCUUUCUUCUUCAUUCAUUCCCCUUGCUUUUUAUUCCACUCUUCUUGUUGCUCUCCCUUCCUUUCUUUUCAUAGUCCCUAGCUUAUCUUUUCUCUCCUUUUCUUUUAUUCUUUUUGCUUUUUAUUGCUUUCUUCUUUUUGUUCUCCCUUCCUUUCUUUUCCUAGCUUAUUCUUUCUUUUAUUCUCUUUCCUUUUUAUUCCACUCUCCCUCUUACUCUCCCUUCAUUUCUGUUCCUAGCUUAUCCUUUCUCUCCUUUUCUUUUAUUCUCUUUCCUUUUUAUUCCACCCUUCUUCUUACUCUCCCUUCCUUUCUUUUUAUAGCUGAUCCUUUCUCUCCUUCCUUUUGCAUCUUUUCUCUUUCUAACAGCAAUUCCCUUAGCUCCUUGAUUUAUACUUCAUAUCAAUUUACAAUGGCUGUUAUAAAUCACUGCAAAUUAUCCAUACCUCCCUUUUCCAAUGUUCCUGUUCUUCAAAUUCUCCACUUCUUCCUAAUUUUUAUUCUAUAUUUCUUUUCGCUUCUCUUCGUGAUCCUUCAGUCUCCCAUGCAUACAGGGCUUCAGCAAUAUCUGAAAUCCCGGGAUUGUCGCCAUAACAGAUCGACCAGCAGAAUUCUGGACUUUUUUUUAUGUUUAUACAUUUUUAUAAUUGUCGGUCUUUGUCAAUUUCAUAUCUAUCUAUCUAUCUAUCUAUCUAUCUAUCUAUCUAUCUAUCUAUCUAUCUAUCUACUAUCUACUUUCAUAUCUAUCUAUCUAUUUAAUUUAAUAUCUAUCUAUAUUAACAUUCGAAAAAAUAAUCGGGUAUAA